AUGUUUAUCACCCUCAAGUAUCGCAGCACACUCACAUUCCUUCUCGCUCUCUCAUGCAGCUGCACUACGGUUCUUGGGGCUACGCAGAAAGUGGACAACACAAGUCCUCUGAUUCAGUAUCAAGGUUCUUGGACACCAUUCAACACGCCGGGAGAUGGGGAUGUCGAAGACACACUCGAGUUCUCACAAGACAAUUUGGACAGUGCAAUCCUGCACUUCACAGGUACAUCUGUCGCUGUCUUCGGUGCCCUGAAGCCGGUUGGAACGUGGAACAUGCACUCCGCGUACUAUCUGGAUGGCUCUCCUGUGGUGGGUUUUACUCCGAACCCGCAGGUCGAUUCGGAACAGCAUCAAGUAAAAUUCUACUCCUCGGGAUCGCUGAGCGACGGACCGCAUACUCUUACAAUUGUCAACAUGGGCCAGCAGUUUUGGUUCGACUUCAUUGCGCUCGAGACGUCCGAUUCGACGACAGCUACGGUCACCGCACCGACUCUACCCCCAGGCAUAAUGACACUUCCGAUCUCAACGUCCUCAACGCUGCCUACCACAUCCUCCACUAAUCCUGUCCCAACUACGUCCCCAGUUCGGCCCCAGCCUACAUCGACUAGCACUAGCCCGAUCACUUCGGUUAUCUCCACGCUUGCCAACCAAUUUGUUCCCGCCCACGCCACGCCUCCCAGUACAUCGUCGCUUCUCGGAACAUCGACUGUUUCACCCAACUCGACAGGGACAUCUUCUGUGGCUCCCACUGCGAGCCCAGUCACAGCGAGCAGACACGCUCUGCCCGUCGGCGAGAUAAUAGGCAUCGCUGUGGGAGGAACAGCGCUCAUCCUCGCGCUUGCAUUCCUGUACUUCGCGCUCUGGCGGCGCCGUCAGCGCAUGGCAGCGCGUGCUACAAUCUCUCCCUUCGUCCCAGAGCACGAGGACGGCGUAAACCUGGACGGCACGCCGCCGCCACCGCCCCCUCCCAACUACUGGACGUCGGAGAAAGGCAGUAUGGUCGAUCGCGCGCGGCUCAGCCUCCCCCUACAGGUUCCCGCGCGGCAGAUGCUGGUCAUCACGCACGGCAACCACCCCGGCGGCGUGUGGGCGGACUACCAGUCGUCGAUGCCGAGCGCGUCCGGGUACCACGAGUCGGAGUCGAGCGACGGUGGAGGCGACGCGAAGGCUUUACGGGAGUACGUGGCGCGGUACGGGCGGCGGCGGUCCGCGGCUGUGGGCCUCGUGGGGGUGAAACGUGGAACGCCGUUCUGAGGUGUGUGGGUUGGCGAUUCGAUGCUGGAGAGCGUCUUGGCCGAGGCGACAGGUUUCGUGAGGAAUCGGAACGUCUAUGGGUGCCUUCGCCUGGACAAAAGCAGCACGAUGAAAUGAGUUCAGGGUGUAUUUACGACAUAAAUAUCAAAUACGUACCUGUCGACGCAGUGAUCUGGUCAAUUCGCGAUUGCAUGUCCGCCAUCCGCGCCAAUAUCGU